AUGGUUUCUUGUUCCUAUUUUACUCCAUCACCAAUUGUUCGAAGCAAAAGUUCAAUGAAUAUGCUGACGCCAACAAACAGGAUCAAUGAAAAAUCUCGUGGUUUAACACAAAUAUGGCCUUGUAAUGUUCAGUUGUCUAGAUACCAAUCAUUAGAUCAUCCUAGUAAUUAUUACAAUUAUGCAAGAAAAUGCAUUUAUCCACGCCACAGCGAAACAAUGUGGAAUUUAGUUAAUAAAGCUGCUAUGCAAAAUGCUGCUCAUGAACGAGCUGAAGCAGAAGAAUUACGAUUGCAAUCAUGGCAAAAGAUUCAGCAAAUUAAUCGACAAACUAAAAAUAGACAAGCUGAAGCAACAACUAAACUACGAGAAAGAAUAGAAGAGAUAAAUCAUUGGAAAAAUGAACUGAAGACGGAAAUGCAUUUAAAUGAAGAAGAACAGGAUAGAUUAAAAACAAAUAUACAGCUUCUCAACUACAAUAAAGAGUAUAUUAAAAAGCCAUUAGAAAUAGCUCAAGAAUGUCUAGCAAACAGGGAACAAAGACAUGGAAUUGAUGAAGUUAAAGAUAUUGUCGAAAAAGCAUUAAGUAAAGAAGUUCAAACUGUCAACAAAGGAAUUGACUUGAUUAAUAAAUUUAUCAAUAAAGCAGAAGUUCAAUUAAAACUUUUACGUUCAACACAGAAUGAACUACGAAAGGAUGCUUUUGACAAAGAUCAUGCACAAAAAAUCGAUGAUCAAAUGCAUGGUCUUUGUAACUCAUCAACAAACAUUGCACUUUACGAUGGGAUUGAAUAUUUCGAUAAUACUCGGAGUAUCCCAACUUCAUGGACAAGGUACACUCAAGAAAAUUUAAUCCGAUCUCAGAACCAACGUAGUGCAUCUGAAAAUCUACGUGAAAAAAUCGAUUCUGCAUUAAGAUCUAUAGUUGGUAGUGUACAUGGUCAAUUUGUUACGGUGAAUAAUGCACUGCAAACGAGGAUAAAUGAAGUGACCGAUGCAAGAGAUAAUCUUCGCUCAUCUUUGAGAAAAGUUACACAAGAAUUAUAUGACGUGGAAAGUUUAAUAGGAGCACUUAAGAAUACUGAAGAUGACAAAUUGCAGCCACUAAAAGUUGCACAAACCAGAUUAAAAGAAAGAACUCGAAGAAUUAAUGUGGAGAGUUGUUAUGAUCAACCAAUGAAAACGCUUCAAACUGAGGUUUUGGAACUUCGAAAAACAAUUGAAGAACUUAAAAACAACCGCAGGAAUGCAUGCGUUACACUGGCUAGACUGCAAAAUAGUCGAGCUUCUCUUGAACAAGAGAUAGAAACCAAAGAAAAUUCUUUGUCCAUCGAUCAAAGGUGUUUAAGCAUGAGAAAAAGUUUCCCUAUCAAAGACAAGUACGGAUCAUUAUAUGCUAUUCCAGUUAGCUAUUAG